AGGGCAUGUCUUUAAUACCUUGCCAAUUGCCAUUGCAGCAGCCUCUUCUCAUCAAAAUGGCAGUCUUUGGAGCAGAUAUGGGAGCAACCCUUUCUGCACUCCUAUUCAUCAUAGUCUUGCUCUACAAUCUGUGGAGAAGAUACCCUCGGAAGGGCGCUCAGUCUCCGCCACAGCCGUCCGGUGCUUGGCCUAUCAUAGGCCACCUCCAUCUCCUCGACCCCGAGUUGAAUAUUGCUCACACUCUUGCCGAGCUUGCUGACAAGUAUGGCCCCGUCUUCACUCUCUGGUUCGGCGCGCAACGAGCGGUCGUCGUCAGCAGCCGGGAGGCCGUCUUCGAGUGCUUCACCAGAAACGACAAAUCCUUCGCCAACAGGCCUAUAACUAGUGCCGGCGAGCAUCUCGUGUAUGACCAUGCAUCGUUCGGGUUCAGCAACGGCCCGUACUGGCGUGAGAUGCGGAAGCUGGUCUCCUCGGAAGUGCUGUCGGCCCGGAGGCUUGAGGCGAUGAGGAAUCUGCGAGUGACGGAGAUUGCAACGAGCAUCGGAGAGCUAUAUCUGGAGACGACGACUAAAACAAGAGGGCAGCAACCACUGCCCUCAAAAGUAGUGAUGAGUAGCUGGGUGGAGAAGAUGACACUAAACAUAAUAGUGAAGACGAUAGCCGGGAAACGGUAUGGAAAGGGCGCGGCGGAGGUGGAGAGUUUCAGGAAGCUCAUCAGAGAGUUCACAGUGCUGUCGGGGGAGUUUGUGCCGUCUGAUGUGAUCCCAAUUCCAUUUUUGAGAUGGAUAGACCCAAAGGGGCAUAUCAAGAGCAUGAAAAGGGUUUCCAAGGAACUGGACGUCAUCAUUGAGAAGUGGGUUGAAGAACACAUGAAGAGAAGAGGGAAAGGGGAAGGCUGCACAGAGGAGCAAGACUUCAUUGAUGCGAUGCUUUCCACCAUUGAUGACAAGUUCGCCAUUCCCAAGCUAACAAUUAUAAAAGCAACUGUUCUGAAUGUCAUCUUAGGGGGCUUCGACACAACAUCUGUCCACCUGACAUGGGUCCUCUCCCUCCUAGUCAACAACAAGCAUGCCAUGAAUCUUGCCCGCCAAGAGAUCGAUGACAAAGUUGGCAACCAGAGAUGGGUCCAAGAAUCCGACAUCAACAACUUACCCUAUCUCCAGGCAAUUAUCAAAGAAUCCCUACGCCUCUACCCUCCUCUCCCCUUAUCAAUACCGCACCAGGCCGUCGAGGACUGCCACCUCAGCAACUAUCUCAUUCCCAAGGGAACCCUCUUGUUUGUUAAUAUAUGGAAGCUGCACCACGAUGCUCGGUUCUGGCCGGAGCCCAACAGGUUUAUGCCGGAGAGGUUCUUGACGGGCCAUACACAAGUAGAUGUCAUGGGGCAGCAAUAUGAGUACAUUCCCUUCGGGACGGGAAGGAGAUCCUGCCCCGGAACCACAUUUGCGAUGCAAGUGACUAGCUUGACGGUUGCCCGUCUGAUACAGGGUUUUGAUUUUGCCACGGAGGGAAACGAGGCAGUUGACAUGGCUGAAGGGAUUGGGAUUACUAUGCCCAGGAAAAAUCCAUUGGAAGUUCUCGUUACUCCUAGACUGCCUUCUCAGCUCUACGAAUAAAGAUUUUCCAGGAGAUCAUCGGGAAUAUGAGAUUUUCCAUGAAGCUUGGAAAUACUCUUGUUUAUGCAUGAAUUUGACCAGAUCUAGUAUGUAAUGGGAGCUAUGAUCUAUGCUUCGAUUAAUAAUACAAGUACUAGUUAUAUAUGAUGGCUUCUGAUCUUGUUUUGGAA